GUUAAACACUUCUCUUUCUGUAACGUACAGGUUGCCUUCCAUCAGGUUACGAGCAGACACUUUUAAGAUCAUUUGCUGUCCAAGAUAGCAACCCUUAGCACCAUGGAGAGCGCAGGCUGAGCCUUGGCACAAGAGUAAGAAACCAGCCGUUGAUUACGAUGACGCGUCUUGGACACAAAGAUAUAAAUUAGCUUCACCAACCUGUUCCGCUCACUCCCUGACUGUAUUACUGUACUUUUUGUGCACGAUAAGGCGUGGCUACAGUUGAGCAACGGUAUUAAUUCAGCUGGUGUCAAUAAGAAGAGCAACUUCUGCGUUCACAAGGAAAAGGCAGGCGGCUCGCAAAGAUUGAAAAUGCAACAGUACGACUAGUAAACUGGACUAUACUUACUUGAACCUGAAUAUUAUUAAAAAAAACUCAUCACUGAAAACACUUUAUAAAAUAUGCUCACAGUACCAAGUGACUUGUGUGUAACUAGCGCUGCGGACUAACUUUGCUAGCUUGCACACCUGCUGUAACAUGCGGAACACAGCCAUCACUAGACAGGUGCAAAUUCAGCCAUCCUUUCUAUUAGCAGAGACGUCUCCAAAAGCUGGAACUUCUUUUCGGUUGUUAGUUUUGUUGCUUAAGUCUUUGCUAAAACAAAUAGCUAAGUGAAAUGUGUCUUUGACUUCUUUUCUAUGUUAUUUCUUCAGGGUCGCCCCCCACAGACACACACACAUUCACUCACAUUCAGCUCCCGAUUAACUCAUCUCCAGCAAAAGGCAGAUGCCACUGGCUCUGUUUUGAAAUUCUGUUCAUGUAUUCCCAACCGAAAUAAGAACAUACUGCAUUGAAGCUUAGACCACCUAUGAUUAAUUAAAUAAUCUGAAUUAGGAAUAAGUAGCUGAAUUUAAAAGAGUGAACUGGAAUAGUAAAAAAAGAAGGGUGCACUCAUUAACUCAUAUCGUAGAAUGGGAUGGAUAUCCACUGUAAUCACAGCUACUGUUUCCUACCAACAGACAUGCAGGAGUUACAGCAGAGACAGCUAUUUGCUUUAUUCCCUGGCAUCCCUGUGGAGAAAAGUUUCAACAAAUCCAACCAAACUCCUAUAUAUUCCCUUACAAGUGAACUGGAAAAGCUAGAUAUAGGUGGUUCUCCUGUUGUUCGGAUAAUUAUUUCAAUUGUAUAUUCGGUAGUCUGUGCGCUGGGGCUAGUCGGUAACGUCCUUGUACUGUAUCUCAUGAAAAGUAAACAAGGGUGGAAAAAAUCAUCCAUAAACUUGUUUGUAACCAGUCUAGCGGUGACGGAUUUCCAGUUUGUUCUGACUUUGCCCUUCUGGGCGGUGGAAAACGCGUUGGACUUCAGGUGGCUCUUUGGAAAGGCCAUGUGCAAGAUUGUUUCCUAUGUGACAGCUAUGAACAUGUACGCGAGUGUUUUUUUCUUGACAGCAAUGAGUGUAGCCAGAUAUUGGUCUGUUGCAUCUGCCCUAAAACCCAAGAGAAGACCCCCGGGUUGUUCUGCGAAGUGGAUGAGCACAGUAAUAUGGAUUUCUGCCAUUCUGGCUUCACUACCCAGUGCUGUCUUUUCCACAACCUCAACUGUUUCCAACGAAGAACUCUGCUUGGCUAAGUUUCCUGAUUACAAAGGAAACCAGCAGUUUUGGUUAGGACUGUAUCACACUCAAAAGGUUAUGUUGGGGUUUGUUAUUCCUUUAGUGAUUAUAUCUGUGUGCUAUUUGCUGCUUCUUCGUUACAUCACUAAUAAAAACGUGAAUAUCUCCAGCACAAAGAGACGAUCCAAAGUGACAAGGUCGGUAACUAUAGUGGUCCUUUCCUUUUUUCUCUGCUGGCUCCCACAGCAAGCUUUGACUGCCUGGGGCAUCUUGAUUAAACUUAAUGUAGUUCCGUUCAGCAGUGAAUACUACACCACCCAAGACUACAUAUUCCCUAUAUGCGUCUGCCUGGCUCAUUGCAAUAGUUGCCUAAAUCCGAUAUUAUACUGCCUGAUGAGGAGGGAGUUCAGGAAAGCUUUACGAAAUCUAUUCUGGAGGAUAACGUCGCCUUCACUCACAAACAUGCGCCCUUUCACCGCCACCACCAAGCCAGAACAAGAUGAGCAGGCGCAUGCAAUGGUGGCAGUAAAUCCAGUGGAGCCAGAUGUUAUAUAUUACCCACCAGGAGCAGUCGUGUACAACGGUAAAUAUGAUCUUUUGCCUAACAGCUCGACAACAGACCAGCGGUAUUAGGUUUUGUAUAUAUAUCUCGUUUGAGUGACUAAUGCCAGCAAGCCGGCCUGAAAACGUAUUGUCGACAAACACCGGAUUGCGUGUACAUAGCUGUUUUGUCUUAUUAUACUAGCCUUAACUCAAAAACUGGGACACACCAUCUCCACUAAGGUAUUUCUACAUUCACGAGUAAGUACUUAAUACCACUGGGUUCCUUUUAAAAUAAACGCGUGAAACCCGUAAACCACAGAAACUGACGGGAUUCAUUCCAAGACCCUAAUUUUGCAAUUAGCUAAUUAAGUACCAGUAUAUGACACAAUUAAUUGAAUUUUGGCUUGCAUGAAUGGAGUCGGAGAAUAUAAUUGGUCAAACACAAGUAAGCUGCAAACCUGUAAGCUAACCAGGCAAUCUUUGGACUGGGGACUUUGCCUUUAAGCUACAUUUAUUGAGACUGACGAAAGAAAUAGACUGCCUAUAUGCUCUGUUUGGUUAUUUAUAUAAAUUACCAGAUAUUGUUUGGACGUGCAAUCCACGCAUGUAUUACAAGGUACUGAUCGGUGCCAGUGAAUGUAAACUAAUAAAGAAGUUCACCUGAACCCAA